AGGCCAAGACACUCAGAAGACAGUGACUCAGUCCUUUUAGGGAAGUGUGAUACUGUAUGUUUUAGCUCUUAUGACAUGAUUAUAAACUAUUUAUGUGUGCAGUUGUGGUCUUCAUGAUCCCUAUUACUCAUAAUAGCACCGUUAAUGCUGACUCUGAGUGUCUGUCUCCAAUUUGUCACAAAUUAGCAUCAGUUUUACAACACUUGAGGGAUAAUUGUUUGGUGUGUGUUGAGUUUCAGCUGUGGUCCACACCCGAAACCAUUAACGUUGUCUUCCGUUUUCAGUUGUUCUGCUGGAAUGGCCACUGACUUGGCUGGAUAACAACUGUGGUCUACUUUUAGAAACAGAAGUUUCCCCACCCCUCCCUCUGACAGGACGUGGAGUAGAAGAGGGGAAGGCGGAGCCUGGGAGCCAACUGAGGCCAGAUCAACCAGGAAGCGGGCAGCUCAAAAACACAACAUUUUACACCUCAAGCUCAACACUGGUCCCUUCGGAGAGAGUUCUUUGCACAGAUCCAGCAUGCCUGUGACUGCCAGUAACCAUGUUAGACCCUGCAUCAGGCUCGCACUUUUUGCAAGCCUCCUUUGUCCAGUUUUAACCUUCAAGAUAUGUGCCUUCAACGUCCGGAGCUUUGGAGACUCCAAAUCCUCUGAUGCCGAGGUCAUGAAAACACUGGUUCGGACGGUGUCUAGGUGCGAUAUUGCCUUGCUUCAGGAAGUGAAGGAUCGAAAGGGGAAAGCCGUGCCUCUGCUGCUGGAGGCAUUGAAUAGGUAUAACACCCAUUAUACGUACGACUACGUGGCCAGCGAGCGGCUUGGGAGGACCUCCUAUCAGGAGCAGUAUGUCUUCAUGUACAGGACAGAUACAGCCAGUGUCAAAAACCAGUAUCAGUAUCCUGACACACAGGAAGGGGACGAGGACGCUUUUGCCAGAGAGCCAUUUGUGGUGUGGUUCAAGGCACCCAGGACAGUUCUGGGGGACUUUGUCCUCAUCCCACAGCACACAUCUCCUUCUAAUGCCACCAAAGAGAUCGAUGAGCUCUAUGAUGUCUUUGUGGAUGUAAAACGGAGAUGGCGAGUGAAGAACGUGAUGUUCCUGGGUGACUUUAACGCAGCGUGUGGCUACGUGGCCAAGAAGAACCGCAAGUUAAUUCGCCUCUACACCGACCCCUCCUUCAUCUGGCUCAUCGGGGAUGAUGUGGACACCACAGUCAAGGAGUCAACCGACUGCGCCUACGACAGGAUCGUCAUCCAUGGAGAAGACUUCGCUCGUGGAAUUGUUCCAUAUUCUGCAGGUGCUUUCGACUUCGCUAAGGAGUAUGGCCUCACCGAGGAGCAGGCUCUGGACGUCAGUGACCAUUACCCUGUGGAGGUGGACCUGAAAGACCGGGGCCUGAGAGCUGCUGGGGGUGGGGCCCCCCACCUCCUCCUGGCCUGCCCCUGCCUGCUACUGGCCCUUCUGGUCAGCCUGCUCAGUGACUGAAUGCGGGUCAGCCUUCUUGGCGACUGAGUGAUUGCUGGAGAGACUGGCGUAAAGUACCCAAAGGAACUCUUUUGGUCAGAUUUUGUGAAAUCUUGAUUUGCAACAGUGAUGGUUGUCGGACAACAGAUUUAAGAAAAUUAAACUAUUAAUUAAAUGAUGUAAGCCACAAGUAAAUGACUUAAAUGACUUAAACCAUACGGAAGAUGCCACAUACAGUAUGACAUUGCACUGAGGGGAAUCGAGGGAUACAAUGGGAUGGCAUGGGUGUUAUGGAUGCUGGUCUUAUGUCACAAGAGCUAUUUUGCCUCAGGUUUUUAAAUCAUAUCAUAAAGAUCCAAAUACCUCUCUGACUUCAUCUAUGGACAUUUUUGAGUGCAGAUUAUACUCAAAUUACUUUGCAUGAACUGCCUGUUGUCAAGAGCCUAUUAAUGUUAUGAAGGUGUGGAUUUGUGUUGUGUUGUAUAGCAGAUUUCUUCAUUUUUAAAUUUCAUAUUUUUGUGAAUAUGUUGUUACUGAACGUAUCUUUUCACAUGCAAGUGCAUGUGGCAAAUGCAUAUGUGAGUCAGAUGCCUAUGUUUUUUGGUAGCUUAUUUGCACAAAUUGUUUUGCUGACAUUAGUAAGUUCUGACAAGAGAGUUAUUUAUUAUUUGCAUUAUCUAUCAAUAUUUAGGGUUGUGCAUUUUGUCUUAACAUUUUCAACAAUGAAUCACACUAGGAAGCCUUCUUACCUCCUAUUGUUUCAUUAUUUUAUAGCUGGAGAGAAUAUUAAACUUUAAUCACUUUAUUAGGAUAACUAAAUAUAGUAACUGCCCAAUAUGAUUUUGAAAAGCACUUUGAACCUCACUUCAUUUUGUGUCUGCAUUCAUUAAGGCACAUAGCAGAUCCUUGCAUUUUGUGACAUCUUUAUUUGCAAAAGUGAUGGUUAUCGGACAACUGAUUUUUAAAAAAAUAUUUAUUAAUUUAUUAAAUAACGUAAGCCACAAGUAAUUGACUUAAAUCAUGCGGAGAUGCCACAUAUGACAUGUAGUCCACUGUUGAUAUUGCUGUUUUUUAUAUAAAGAUGACAAUGAGAUAAAAUGUGAUUGAUAUUCAGUAUGCCAUGUGUAUGUGUAAUAUAAUUAUAAUAGACCAUGAGCUGUCAUUAAGAAUACAUGUGUAUCCAUCUUUUAUGCUUCGUAUAUUUUUUGCCAUAUGCCGAUCUUAGCACAGAUCAUUCAGAUCUGUGCAGAUGUAGGCUGUUGCAUUGCAUGCCUCAACAUACAUCUUUCAUGAGUUGGGUAACACCUCUGAUGUAUUAAAUUGUCCUCAGUUUCUAUUGCAAAACAACAAAAGUUUCUGAUGAAUUUUGUCAUGUGGGGGGCCGCUGUGGCGCAGCGCGCUAAGCACCCCACAUUUGAACUUCCAUGCCCACGGGGACCCCGGUUUGAGUCCGGCCUGGGUCAUUUCCCGGCCCUGCCCCAUCUCUCUCUCCCAAUCGUUUCCCGUCUCCUCUCAUACUGUCCUGUAAUAAUAAAAAAGCCAAAAAUACUUAAGAAUUGUGUCAUAAUUUGGGCUAUAUUAGCAAUUACCAGAGCUAUUACUGUGUAGACCAGUGGUUUUCAAGGUGGGG